CCAACAAUUACUCAUAAAAUCUUUAGAAACCAAUCAUCACAUCAGUGAUUUAUUUGUAUAUAGGCAUUUUAAAGUUAUAACUAUAAUAUAUGUUUGUUGCUACUGGAAGAAAGUUCGCUUAUUUUUUUCCAAAUUGACUGUUUUGAAAAUUAAAAUAAUGACAGCGCCGUCUAAAGUUGUUCUCAAGCAUUAUGCUAGGGUAACAGUAUUUGGUCUACUAGCCUGCUCCAAGCUUCUAUUCUGGAUCUAUUUCUAUCAAGGGGGCUUCGCAUGGAAUUCGAAUUUAGCAUUGAAAGCCAACUGGCAUCCGUUUUUGAUGACGUUUGGAAUGGUGUUUUUAUACUCUCAAGCUAUGGUGGUGUUUCGAACAGCUCAUGGAGUCUUAGACCGUAAAGUUCUCAUAGCUAUUCAUGUUGGAAUUCAUCUCGUAGCUUUCAUCAUAUCAGUGAUUGGUUUAAGUGUCAUUAUAGAUGUGUUUCGGCAAUAUGGAACCAGUCAGUUUAAAUCCGUACAUUCUAUCCUAGGAUUAUUCGCUAUAUUUUUAACUGGAUUUUUGGUUGUUAUACAACAUCAACCCAUUCUCAGCAAAUAUUUUCAUAUGGUGAUGGCAUCAUUAACUUUGUUAGCAGCUUCCAUUGCUGUGACAUCUGGAUUGGCAGUAGCAGGAAAUUACUCUUUGUAUGUGUAUAUUGCCUCUCGCUCUGCCAGCAUCAGCAGCUCAAGCGAAUGGAGAAACGAUAGAGCUCACCGGGAGAGCAUCCAAUCUGGCGAAAAAGAGCCAGCUCAUUUCCACAGUUCGUUUCCAGAUAUCGACUGUUAA